AUGGGUGCCGUCGUCUCUUGUAUCACAAGUGUCUUCCAUGCCAUCGGCGCCUGCCUGAUGGGCAUCGUCAACGCCAUCGGUGCCGUCUUGCGUGCCAUCAUCGACGGCGUCGUCAUGGUCAUCGACGCGAUCAUCUCCUGCCUGACCUGUGGCUCGUUCUCUGGGCGCCGGCGCCGAACCAGAUCAGCGGUGUGA